CUUAUUCCACAUCGACAGGACGUCAGGAUGAGUGGCAAGCGAGCCCUGGACGCCGAUAGCCCUUCGGGUGAUUCGAAGCGCAUUCGUUCCAACAAUGGCUCGCCCGCUCCUACUGCGCCACCGACGAUGGGAAACGGGGAAACAGACGCGGAGAGGAAGAAGAGGGAGCUUGCGGAGCGAAUGGCGGCCAUCAGAGCGAGACAGGCUGCGAUGAAAUCAUCCGGCCCUGGAGAAGCACCUACGCCAACCUCCGUGGUAAGUCCCAGCCCAGCCCCAGCACCAAGCACAAAUGGCACGUCGGAGUUGGAAAGGAAGAAGAUGGAGGCGCAGAGGAAGAUUGCGGAGAUGAAGGCGCGCAUGGCUGCACAGAGAGGGCAAGUGGGAAGCACGGCAUCACCGAUCAAUGGAGCGGCGAGUGCACCUCCGCCACCACCUCAGCAACCGAGUGAGCGAGAGGCUCGCAUAGCUGAAGCACGUGCUCGAGCCGCCGAAUUGUCGAAGCAAAAGAUUGCCGCGACCACAUCUGCUGCGCCUCCCCCACCCCCUCCUCGACAAGACGGUAGAGGUGCUCGCGGUGGACUGGGAAUCGGGCUGCACCCAAGUCUCAUCGGUGAUCUUACCGGAACUACGUCAACGAAAGGCAAAGGCCCAACUGGCCCGAAAUUCAGCACCACAAAGGGCAACCAGCAACCAGAGGCACCCCCUUUCAAUCCAUACCUUCCUGCAGAAGACGAGGCCGCCGCCGGAGGAGAGCGAGCACAUGAUGGCAGCUAUGAUUCAACAUUGGUGGCGAAGAAAGGUGGCGAUCGCAAGAGCAAGCAGCUGGUCUUCAACCAGAAGGGCAAGUUCAUGGCUCAAGCGAAUGCUCUUCGCCAACAAGCCAGACUGGAGGACAUGAAGCGUCGAAUCGCGGCCGAGACACGAAAAGUGGAGAUCGAGGAAGCGGGCGACAAAGCUUUCCUCGUGCCCGCUCCUCCAAAUGUGGAAUGGUGGGAUGAAGGCCUCCUCCCAGAGGGGCAAGGGAGUUACGAGAACUGUCUCGAGGCUGGCAGGAACAAGAUUGCGACUCCCGACUCCAUCAUUACGGCUCUGAUCCAGCGUCCGGUGCUGCUACAGGCGCCGCAAGACAAGUUCAUCCCGGAGGCCAAGCCACUCAUGCUCACCACUCAGGAGCAAAAGAAGAUCCGUCGUAUUCGACGAAUGGCAGAUAGGAAAGAAGUGCAAGCCAAGAUCCGCCUCGGCCUGAUCGACCCGCCCGCGCCCAAGGUCAAGAAGAGCAACAUGAUGACCGUGUUGGGAGAACAAGCAGUCAAAGAUCCCACCGCCGUGGAAGCACGGGUGAACAGGGAGAUUGAGCAACGCGCCAACGAGCACGCCCAAGCCAACGAAGACCGCAAACUCACGCAAGAGCAGCGCGAGGAGAAGCUGAAGAGCAAACAAGCCGGCGACGACGCCAAGGGCAUCAAGAUUGCCAUUUUCCGCGUCGACAAUCUCAGUUCCGGCAGACACCGCUACCAAGUCGACCAAAACGCCAAACAAAACAACCUCACCGGCAUCGUCGUCCUGAACCCCGAGAUGAACCUCGUGAUUGUGGAGGGCGGCGCGCACUCCAUCACCAGCUACAAAAAGCUCAUGCUCAAUCGAAUCAAGUGGACGGAAAACUCGAUGCCGCUCCCCGACUCCAAACCGACCACUUUUACCUCGCACACCGAACGCGCCCCUGGCGCUACGGAGUCCACGACAACGAAAGCGGCGGUGUGGUGUAACCCGCUGAACGAACUGGGCGAGCUGAAGGAUUUGAGCGGGAAUAAGUGCACGCUUGUAUGGGAGGGGGAGGAGCAGGCGCGAAUCUUCCGCAAGUGGAAUUCGAGGGCGUGUGAGACGGAUGGGGAGGCGAGGGAUUUGCUGAGUCGGCAGAAGAUGGAGAAUAUGUGGACGCUGGCGAGGAGCAAAUGAGGCUUGUCUCGCAGCCUCGCGACAUCACUUCAACGGCAGAAUGGGCUUGUUGGUCAUGUGUGAAUGGGAGAACUGAGUGAUGUGUGGAGGGCACAAGCCGUCAGCUCUUGCAACAGAUUAGUUGAGCUGUUGAUUAGGAGUACGCUGUCACGUGUCAAUUGAUGAUGCCUCAGCCUGCUGUCACGUGUCAGCCCUUCUCGAGAUGCAUCACUUCAACUCCUCACCCGUUUGUUCUCUCUUUAAUCCACC